AAAUUUCUCUCUUUCUUCUUCAGUUCUUCUCUCUCUAUAUCUGGCAACAGUUUUUAAUAAUAAAAAUCUGAUCUUUCUGUCUCUAUAGCUUUGAAAGGGAAAAAUGAAGUUUCUCAAGUCCCAUUCUCAUUACUUUCAGGAUUGAAGCUUCAUUUGCUUCUGGGAAAGUUGUGUUUUUGUCGCUUAAUGUUGUAAAGGUUCGUCCUUUUUCGUUUCUAGACUGUGUUUCUGAUUCUGGGUAUUCAAGUUCAACUAAGAUUUGAUAGGGAACUAACUAGUUUGUGUGCAAGUACAAAAGUUUGGAUUUUUUCUUUCUUAUAUAAGCUCUGUUGUGAACAAUUAGAUCAUUUAGAUCUUACCCAACAUUUUACUUGUUUGUAGUUCAGUUGAGUUGGGUUUGUAGGCAUUUGGUGUAGUAAAUGUUCUGGAAGGCUGUUUUUGUUUGAUCCCAAUUUGACAUGGUUGGUCUUGCUGUUUAGCUCAAAUUUGUAUAUUGAAUGUCACCCAAAACUUAGAAAGAUUGAUUCGUUUGUCUUGUGUGUUUAAGUUUGUUGAUUUUCAGUUUGCAUCACAUUGGAUCAUCCCUUUGUUUCAGUUUUGAGUACUCUGUUGUUUACUGAGGGGUGGUGUUUUUCUUUCUUAUAAUCAAAUCAGCAAGAUCAUAGUGACUUGAGGGUUUGUGUUUGAAGUGCUUAGAAGAAGUCUUAGAUUUUAGGGCUAUGGUUAUACGGAGGAACGAGUUUGAGUACCUUGAAGCACUCAGUUGAUGCAUCCUAGGCUCCAGCUUUAGGUGUAAACUGUAAAGUAGAUUAAUGGCGAAUUCAGGUGAGCCAUCGUCUUCUUUGAGCUUCACUUCAUCUUCCCAUCUAUCAAAUGGUUCGAUAAGCCACAACUUAUCUUCCUCUGAAGCCUUGCCUAGUCUUGAAGUCAUCAGUUUGACCAAGCUUAGCUCUAGUUUGGAGCAGCUCUUGCUUGAUUCUGGCUGUGAUUAUAGUGAUGCCGAAAUCAUUGUUGAGGGUGAUCCUGUUGGUGUUCACCGAUGUAUAUUGGCUUCUAGGAGCAAGUUUUUUUGUGAACUAUUUAAGAAAGAAAAGGGGUAUUCUGAGAAGGAGGGCAAACUGGGGAAACCAAAGUAUAAAAUGAAGGAUUUGCUACCUUAUGGGGACGUUGGAUAUGAAGCAUUUUUGGUUUACUUGAACUACGUGUAUACCGGAAAGCUGAAGCCUUCUCCCAUUGAGGUGUCAACUUGUGUGCACAAUGUAUGUGCCCAUGACUCAUGUAGACCUGCAAUCAAUUUUGCUGUGGAAUUGAUGUACGCCUCUUCCAUUUUCCAAAUGCCGGAUUUGGUUUCAGUAUUCCAGCGACGCCUUCUUAAUUUUGUUGGGAAAGCUAUGGCAGAAGAUGUCAUCCCAAUCCUUGUGGUUGGUUUCCACUGUCAUUUGAGCGAGCUUGUCACUCAUUCCAUAGAGAGAGUGGCACGAUCAGAUCUUGAUAGCAUCUGUAUUGACAAGGAACUUCCUUAUGAGGUUGCAGAGAAAAUUAAACUGCUUCGUCGUGAUUCUCAACAUGCUAGUGAACUGAGCACUCCACCUGUGGACCCCUUGCGUGAAAAAAGAAUUAGGAGCAUACAUAAGGCAUUAGACUCGGAUGAUGUUGAACUUGUGAAACUUCUUUUAUCUGAGUCGAAUAUAACCUUAGAUGAAGCCCAUGCUCUCCACUAUGCUGCAGCCUACUGUGAUCCUAAGGUUGUUACUGAAGUUCUUGGUCUGGGUAUGGCUGAUGUUAACCUUCGUAAUCCUCGGGGUUAUACCGUGCUUCAUAUUGCUGUGAUGCGCAGAGAGCCAUCAAUAAUAGUAUUGCUUCUUAGUAAAGGAGCUCGUGCAUCAGAGCUGACAUCAGAUGGUCAAAGUGCAGUUAGUAUUUGCCGGCGGUUGACAAGGGCAAAGGACUAUCAUUCAAAAACAGUGCAGGGGCAAGAAACUAACAAGGACCGAAUUUGCAUUGAUGUUCUAGAGAGAGAAAUGCGGAAGAAUCCAAUGGCAGGAGAUGCAUCUGUGUCUUCUCAAACAAUUGCUGAUGAUCUGCACAUGAAAUUGCUGUACCUGGAGAACAGAGUGGCUUUUGCUCGUUUGUUUUUCCCUAGUGAAGCAAAGCUAGCCAUGGUCGUUGCUCAAUCCGACACAACAUCUGAGUUUGCUGGAAUCUCUCCAUCAAAAGGCUCAAGCGGGAAUUUGAUGGAGGUUGAUUUAAACGAGACCCCCACAGUGCAGAAGAAAAGACUCCAUUCUAGGUUGGAAUCCCUUAUGAAAACAGUCAACAUGGGUAGAUGCUAUUUCCCUCAUUGCUCAGAAGUCCUGGAUAAGUUUAUGGAGGAUGACCUGCCUGAUUUGUUCUUUCUUGAGACGGGUACCCCUGACGAGCAGAAAAUAAAGAGGAUGCGUUUCAUGGAGCUCAAGGAUGAAGUCCAGAAGGCAUUUAGCAAGGACAAAGCGGAGCUCAACCUCUCUGGGUUGACUUCUUCAUCAUCCUCAUCAUCUCCAAAAAAAGUUGGUGUAAAUCACAAGACUAGAAAAUAGUUUAGGCAUGUAAAUUGUAUCUAACAAGCCUUGCAAUUACAAGUAAAUUUUUUCAAAGUUACUUACGAUUAAAGUUGCUUACAAGCAAAUAGUGUGGCUGUCGUCUGUAAUAUCUCAGCAGCAAAUUGCCCUGUAAACUACUUCUACAAAUUAGCAAGCGUAAGUUUGUCCUGCAGGAGAUGAUUUUGAGUCAUUGGCUUUUCUAUCAAAGGAAGGUUUUGCCUAGCUUGUAUGUCCAUUUGAUACUCAUACAUAAUCAAUUUGCGCUCUUGAAAGCAAAUGCUGCGGCUUAAGAUUCAUAAUAAUAUUUAAGAG